GUUUGGACUUCCGGAAAUGUGGUUCUCGUCAGCGAAGUCUUCCUGAUUCAACGUGUGUUUUGUGCUAUAUAUGUUGUCAUUUUGACUAAUUUGCCCCGGUAAAUAUGGGGGACAAAGCACUAGACGAUUUCUUUGCCAAAAAGGACAAAAAGAAGAAGGUCAAGAGUAAGCAAAAAUUCACAACUACUGACGGAAUUGCGAAAAAAUUAACAGAAGGUCCAAGCAAGAAGAAAAAGGACCGUGAGGAAACCAGAACCAGUUCGUCUGUGACGUCUUCGUCGGUUACAACGCCCGACAAUCAAAAUAAAAUAGACGAGAAGGAUCCUGGAACGAAAAAGGAGAAUGAGGAAACUGAAUGGAAGGAAUUUGACAGCCCUGAGGAGAAAGACUACACUGGAUUGGGUAUAAAAGCAUUACAAAUAGCUGAAAGAGCUGAUACAGAUGAUAAUGAACCUGAAGAAGAUGAAUAUGACGAUGAAGGAGAAUUAAUUAUUAAACCAAAAGAUGUUGCAACUGGUCCUUGGAAAUCGAUGGACGCAUCAGCACCAGCGACAGCUGCUGCUCCUUCACCUGCUUCUGUACCUGAAAUAGAUACAAGUAAAUCGGUGCAAGGAGGCGUGUAUAGACCGCCAGGAGCUAGAAUGGCGAAGACUACAACGGCAGUAUCCCAGCACCACCGAGGUGGUAAACAAAAAGCACCUGAUGUGCAUAGCGAACAACAGUUUCCCACAUUAGCAGCUAGCCUUGAAAAGCCUCCAGCUGGAAGUGAUAUAUACGAUAAACAUUUUGAAAAAGUAACGAGAGGCGGCCGUGCAUCAACUGAUGAUCUUCCUGGAAGUCGUGGUCCUAAACUAGAUUUAGAAAAUAAAUACCAAGCACUCAGUAAACCCUGAAGUCUGUUAGUGGGGAAGAAAGGGAAGGGAAAGGCAGGGGAGAUUCGUCACUGUCAGUAAUUGUUACUUGGGUGUGUGGGUGGGGUCAUUCCCUUCAGUGGACUUGUAGUUGCUGUUAAUUUACAUCCCUGUAAUUCAAUUUUGACUUUGAAAUCUACUAAAUUACAGCAUCUUUUCAAGGAUGGGGGAGGAAACACUCCAUUGAAAUUAAAUUACAACUCUUAGAGCUGGCUAACACGAUUCAUGUCAUAUACUUCACUUGCAAAGCUCCUUGCCAUGUAAAUUUUCAUCAUUCAAUACACCAUUCUUACAAAUAGCGCCCUCUAGUGACGGGGUACGUCUGUGAUGUUAAAAUGACAUAUAUGGGUGAAGGCAAGGUUGUGCAAACCGUCAACCAUGUUUGGUUGUGGCGUCAACCUUUCAUUCUCUAGAUUAUAAUUAAAUUUCCCCAAAAAAUGAUCUCCAUUGACAGACUACAGAUUAAAAUGUUGUUGACAAUUUGCCCUUUGUGAUUUAGAUCAUAGAAAUUUUUCGUCACUAGAGGGGUGACCUUGAAAAAUAUGUAUUCUGAUUCAAUUUAUCAUCUCUUUAAGCAUAAUCAUGUAAUGUUUUUCUCGUCCGCAAACUUAUUAAUGCAAACAUGUUUUCAAAAUAUGCUGCGUUCAGGGGGUAAUGGUUGUGAGAGUAUUUGAUGACCUUUUUUUUUUUUAAACCAUGGGCACAAAAUCCAUAUAUAUUGUGAGCGCUUUUGAUUUGUUUUCAAUUAAAAUUUUUUAAUUUGAGAAAUAUCGAGUCUUACCGCCAAUAUCCAGCUAUGAUUCCAUAAUAUGACUUACACUGUAAUAUGCUGUUAAAAGUGAUUAAAAAUCAUAAUCCAAAA